AUGGCAGGCCGAAGCUGGCGGUGGCGGCUCCUGUGGGGCUUGGCGGCAUCGCUGCUGGUGACAGGUGUGGGCGCAGUGGUGCAGGACGCAGCGGUGCUGGUGGACACCGAGGGCCAUUUGCACAUCAACACGACCGGGACAGGGACCAAGGUUUUCGUGAAUGGGCGUGAUGUAGAGCUGGAGAUGGGGCAGACCCGCAGUCUGCUGGAAGCGUUGUAUCCGACCUUGUACACGCCGGCCCUGUAUGUGCUUGGCGGAGCCGAUCUCAAUGAUACUGUGGGAGACAUGCUGCGACUGGAUGCUGGCACCUGGACCAACCUGACGUCGGCAGUCCUGCUCCCUCGUCGCGCCUCUUUUGGAGCUGUCGUCUUUCGGAACCGCAUCUUCACCGUGGGCGGGCGCCAGUUCAGGCCGUCUCCACCAUAUGACGUGGUGGCCUCGUACAACCCAGUUGGGUGGCGCGAGGAGCAUCCUCUACCCAUUGCCCGACACAGCAUUGGCCUGACUGUUUUUCAGGACCUGCUGUACGUGACAGGUGGUGCCAAUGGCAGCGUUUUGGCGAUGGUGGACUUUUUUGAUGGGUUGAGUUGGCAGCCCGGGCCAAGUCUGUUGCAAGCCCGCUUCGGAGCAGCCGCCGUUGUGUAUCAGGAUCGCCUGUAUGUCAUCGGCGGCUACAGUAACAUGGGGCUCAACACGGUGGAGGUGUACAACGGCACUGGGUCUUGGGCCUGGGCUCCGGCGCUUCAGGUGCCGCGAGCCUUUGCUGGGGCUCAAGUUUUUCACGGGUCUGUGUAUGUGGUGGGGGGCGUGGCGGACGGAGUGUAUCUCAGCAGCAUGGAGGUAUUUGAUGGUGCAACUUGGUCAUUUGGCGAGCCGCUGCCCAUGCCGCGUGGUCGAAUGGGUUUGGUAGUCUUCCAGGGCCUUUUGGUCGCGAUUGGCGGAUUCAACGGGCAAGCAGCCUUCCCCAAUGUAACAACAUUUGAUGGGCUCGAGUGGCGUGAACAACAACCUCUGCCCGUGCCACGUUCAUCCACUUCUUGUGUAGUUUACCCCGCGGCAUAA